GGCGCUCCACCUUCUGUCCAAGUUGCAGCGUUGCCUGCGUCAAAGGUCGGCAAGAAAGAGCUGCGUUCUGUGUAUGUUGCCCUCCGGCUUGGACGGGCUUCACUCUGCUUCGCCUACUCAGUUUCACUCGUCCCCCACCUCUUGCUGCAGUGGGCGUCGGACUCCGCUCCUUCUUCCCCCAGAGGCGGUGCCCGGCCUUUGAUACCGCCUGCGUGACCUCACUUGGCCAACAUGUCGGGGUGGGAGUCUUAUUACAAAACCGAGGGAGAUGAAGAAGAAGAAGAAGGACAAGAUGAGGGUGCUGAAGCAGGAGGAGAAAAUAAAUAUUCAGGAAGAGAUAGUUUGAUUUUCUUGGUUGAUGCCUCAAGGGCCAUGUUUGAAUCUCAGGAUAAAGAUGAAUUGACUCCUUUUGACAUGAGCAUCCAGUGUAUCCAGAGUGUGUACACCAACAAGAUCAUAAGCAGUGAUCGGGAUCUCUUGGCAGUUGUGUUCUAUGGUACUGAGAAAGACAAAAAUUCAGUGAAUUUCAAAAAUAUUUAUGUCUUACAGGAGUUGGAUAAUCCAGGUGCUAAACGAAUGCUGGAGCUUGAACAGUUUAAGGGGACACAGGGAGAAAAACAUUUCCAAGAGCUAAUUGGCCAUGGAUCUGACUAUUCACUGAGUGAAGCACUGUGGGUCUGCGCCAACCUCUUUAGUGAUGUCCAGUUCAAGAUGAGUCAUAAGAGGAUCAUGCUGUUCACCAAUGAAGAUGACCCCCAUGGAAAUGACAGUGCCAAAGCUAGCCGUGCGAGGACCAAAGCCAGUGAUCUCCGUGACACAGGUAUCUUCCUUGACUUGAUGCACUUGAGAAAGCCUGGGGGCUUUGAUAUAUCUGUAUUCUACAGAGAUAUCAUCAGCAUAGCAGAGGAUAAGGACAUAGGGGUUCACUUUGAGGAAUCGAGCAAGCUAGAAGACCUGUUAAGGAAGGUUCGAGCCAAGGAGACCAGAAAGCGUGCGCUAUGCAGGUUGAAGUUUAAGCUCAACAAAGAUAUAGCACUCACUGUCGGCAUUUAUAACUUGGUCCAGAAGGCUUUCAAGCCUCCUCCGGUGAGACUUUAUCGGGAAACGAAUGAACCAGUGAAAACCAAGACCCGGACAUUUAAUGUAAAUACAGGCAGUUUACUUCUGCCUAGUGACACCAAGAGGUCUCAGAUCUAUGGAGGUCGUCAGAUUGUACUAGAGAAGGAGGAAACAGAACAGUUAAAACGAUUUGAUGAGCCAGGUUUGAUUCUCAUCGGUUUCAAGCCCUUGAUAAUGCUGAAGAAGCACCAUUACCUGAGACCUUCCCUGUUCGUGUACCCUGAGGAGUCCUUGGUGAAUGGGAGCACAACCCUUUUCAGUGCCCUACUCACCAAGUGUCUGGAGAAGGAGGUCAUGGCACUGUGCAGAUACAUACCCCGCCAGAACAUACCCCCAUAUUUUGUGGCUUUGGUGCCACAGGAAGAGGAACUGGAUGACCAGAAAAUUCAGGUGACUCCUCCAGGCUUCCAGCUUGUCUUCCUACCUUACGCUGAUGAUAAACGGAAGGUGCCCUUUACUGAAAAAGUCAUGGCAAACCCAGAGCAGGUGGACAAGAUGAAAGCGAUUGUUCAGAAGCUCCGCUUCAGAUACAGGAGCGACAACUUUGAGAACCCAGUACUGCAGCAGCACUUCAGGAACCUGGAGGCCUUGGCUUUGGAUUUGAUGGAGCCCGAACAAGCAGAAGAUCUGACAUUGCCCAAGGUUGAAGCAAUGAAUAAAAGACUGGGCUCCCUGGUAGAUGAAUUUAAGGAGCUUGUCUACCCACCAAAUUACAAUCCCGAGGGAAGAGUUACUAAGCGAAAACAAGAUGACGAAGGUUCUGAAAGCAAAAAGCCCAAGGUGGAGUUAUCUCAAGAUGAUCUGAAGGCCCACGUCAGCAAGGGCACCCUGGGUAAGCUCACUGUGCCUGUGCUGAAGGAAGCCUGCAGGGUGUGCGGGCUGAAGGCCGGGUCGAAGAAGCAGGAGCUGCUGGAUGUGCUCAUCAAGCACUUCCAGGAGAACUGAACGGCGAGCACACAUCCUGCCACUCUUCCACGAAUGGCCAGGCUGCGUCAAGUGGAGAAAAUGUCUCUCCUGAGCCAGGAAGACUGUCUGCCAGAAGCUGAGGGGCUUUGUUAGUGGCAUGACUUUACAUUUGAGACAUUCUGUUGCUGUGGAGAUGGUGUAGCCCUCCCACUUUGCUGUGCCUUCCUCUAUUGUCUGAAUAAAGAGCCCUAACUUUGUACUAUA